AUGAAGUCCUCGGCCGUGAUCCUCGCCGCCUGCGCCUCCCUCGCCGGCGCCACGCCCACGUACCGCUCCGGCAACUGGAACUCCACCGUCGUCAACUGGAACUCGACGACGCCCACCAACUGGAACACUUCUUCUUCUUCUCCAACCGCCAGCUGGAGCAGCCCGACAGCAAUCACCACCUCGACGACGACGGGACUGCCUCAGGCCGAGGCCGCCAGCCUCCCGCCCUCGUCUUCUCUUCCUCCUCCGUACUGGAGCAACGGAACAACGGGGGCCGUCAGCAACGAGACGUGGGUGAACCACAACCAGACGCGGUUCUCGCCGGGCCAGGCUCAUCAGCCGGUGCCCCUUAUUCGGCGCUUCCGCCCGCAGAGGAAGACGCUUUCUCGUGCUUUCUUGCCCAACUUCUGA